AAAAUACCACAGGUUAUCACCAGAGUAGAGUCGAUGGUAAGAUGUCCAGCGGCAGCUUACAGUUAAUUCAGACAGAGUUUUGAACCAUCUUACCCACUGGAAGGAAGCAAGAAUAAUCCAACAUGCCAAAGGAGUAAGGGCCACCAGAGAUAUUACCUUUACCUCCCUAUUCCUCAACCAAGCUGAGCAAGGAAAACAGGCCAGAAAGCAGCAGUAAAACACACGGUGUUAACCACAGACAUGAUGGGAGUCCCUGUGUGCUGUGUGGUGGUGCUAGCAUUUAUUUGUCACAGCCACAGCCUGGAAACAAAAAAUCCACUUUACAGGCCUAAAAGGUCUCAGGAAAAUGUCUGGUCAGAUCCCAGUGACUGUGUGUCGAAAACAAGGCAGGUCUUCACAAACUCUCACAACUUCUCUGUGGAUAUUCGGAUGCCCGGUGUUGUACCGAGUGGGUCGGACACUUACCUGUGCAUGGCAUUUCCUGUGCCAACUAGUCGUGAUGCAUUUGUUGUGGACUUCAUGCCUCAUGCCAGUAUGGAUACAGUCCAUCACAUGCUGCUUUUUGGCUGCCAGACUCCAUUCUCUACCAGCACCUACUGGGACUGCGGCAGUGUACAAGGCACUUGUGAGGAUGAAGCCUCCAUUAUGUAUGCUUGGGCUCAGAAUGCACCACCUACUAAAUUACCCAAAGAUGUUGGCUUUAAAGUUGGAAGAAAUUCAGGAAUAUCCUACUUUGUGCUGCAGAUCCAUUAUGGAGAUGUCAGUGCUUUCAGAGAUCAUCAUAGAGAUUGCUCAGGACUCACCUUAAAAAUGACAUCCAGACCGCAGCCAUUCAUUGCUGGCAUAUACCUGCUCAUGUCUGUUGACACGGUUAUCCUUCCUGGAAAAAGAGUUACAAACGCAGACAUCAGCUGUGAUUACACUUCAUAUCCCUUCUACCCCUUUGCCUUCAGGACCCACACACACCACCUUGGGAAAGUGGUCAGUGGCUACAGGAUCAGAGAUGGCAAGUGGAGCCUGAUUGGAAGACAGUCUCCUCAGCUACCACAGGCUUUCUAUCCUGCUAACAAGGAGGUGAAUAUGAGGUAUGGUGACACCAUAGCAGCCAGAUGUGUGUUUACUGGUGAGGGCAGAAUCUCCAAAACAUAUAUUGGUGGCACCUCUGAUGAUGAAAUGUGCAACUUCUAUAUAAUGUACUAUAUGGACAGCAAGCAUGCCAUCCCCUACAUGAACUGUAUGGAGACCGGCUCCAAAGAACUAUUUGAGCAUAUUCCAGCUGAGGCCAAUGUUCCCAUCGCUAUCAGUCCAGGUCAUAUGAACUCAGUGAUGCAUAUGGGACACUCAGCAGGUCAUCAAGACAACAGAUCACUGUUUAACACAAACAAAGGAGAGCAGGCUCUGGAUCAAGGUGAGCUCUAUUCCCUUAUGUCCAAGCUGCUAGGAAAAGAGAGCAAGGACAUAGUUCACAUUCAUAAAUACAACCCCAGCAAGAUGCAGAGAGUCCAGGCUGAGUUGGUGGCUCAGAUUCAUAGCUCAACACAAGAUAAAGACCUGGACUCUACCAGUAGCAGACUAGCCUUCCGAAUCAGGAAGGAUCCUGUUUUGGUGAGGGACAGAGUCCACAAAUUCCAUCAACAUGAGGCCACAGCCAAGCCACCAAGAAGCAAGCUGCUAUCUGAAGGACAAGACUACCAUUUGGAGCAAGUCUCGGCGUGGCCACAGAUUUCUCUGCAGCUGGGUCAGGUGUCAGGACUUGCCCUCGACUCAGAUUCUAAUUUGGUUAUUUUCCACAGAGGUGACCACCACUGGGGGCCUGACUCUUUUAACAGCCAGGCAAGAUACCAGCAGUGGUCCCUUGGUCCUAUUCAGCAGUCCACCAUUUUGGUUGUGAGCCCCACCAAUGGCAACAUCCUGAAGGCUUCUGGCAGAAACUUGUUUUACUUGCCACAUGGAAUAACUACAGACAAGGAGAAUAAUUACUGGGUCACUGAUGUGGCUCUUCAUCAGGUGUUAAAAGUGAGCAGUGACGGCAGAGACAGAACCUUGCUGGCAUUGGGAGAGGCUUUCACACCAGGAAGUGACAACAACCACUUCUGCCAGCCCACUGAUGUGGCUGUUGAAACUGACACGGGGAACAUCUUUGUGUCUGAUGGCUACUGCAAUUCCAGGAUACUGAAGUUCUCUUCUAAAGGAAGAUACUUGUCUGAAUGGGGAUCAGGCUCAUCAGACAGGAGGAGGCAUAUACCAUUCCGGAUCCCCCACAGCCUAGUCUUCCUUCCUGACAGACAGGAAGUGUGUGUGGCUGACAGGGAGAAUGGACGAAUCCAGUGCUUCAUAGCUAAAACUGGAGAGUUUGUUAAGGAAAUAAAGAAAGAGGAGUUUGGAGGGGAGGUCUUUGCUAUCACCUACAGUCCUACUAGAGGCUUAAUCUUUGCAGUUAAUGGGAUAUCUCCGUUUGGCCGUUCAACUCCACUCAGAGGUUUUGCAAUAAAUUAUUCAACCAAGGAUGUUUUGGAUACCUUCAGCCCAGAAAAAAAGGAAUUUAAAAUGCCUCAUGACAUAGUUGAAACCAGUGACGGCAGUAUCUUCGUCGGGGAUGCAGACAGCAAAUCAGUCUUUAAGUUUACCACUGAGAAGGCACAUCGCUCUGUCAAAAAGGCUGGUAUCGAGGUUCAGGAACUUGAAGAAAUGGAGACCUUUAUCAAAACUAAGGUGAAGCCAGAUCCUAACAUGUCAAAAACAGCAGCCCUCCAACAGAAGCAAAUUCUGGCUCAACAGCCUCGACCACAGGAAGAAGAUGAGAGGAGUGUACCAAAGCCAGACAAAGAGCACGGUGUACUUCCAGCCAUCAUCACUACCCUUCUGCUCAUCCCUCUGAUGCUUGUCAUAUCCAUAGGAGUCUUCAUCUGCUGGAAGAAAAAUGACCGACAUGAGGUGAAAACUGAGUCCAGUCCUGUGGGAGGGAUCUUGGGAAAAAUAAGAGGUAAAGCAGUGGGCAGUCUGAACCUUGGGAACUUCUUUGCGUCCCAUAAGGGUUACAGUCGUCAGGGCUUUGACCAGCUUAGCACUGAAGGCAGCGACCAGGAGAGGAAUGACGAAGAGAGUAGCGACUCAGAAAACGAGGAAUACUCUGCUCUGCCACCUCCUCGAUCUUCCACUUAGACGCUCAGGGGCUGGUCACCAACCUUCUGCUUACAUUUCCAGGAUGUAUGAGUGUAACUGUUGUUUUAGCUGCAAAUCUUAUUGUUUAUAUAUUUAUGUAUGUACAUAGAAACUAUUUGGUAUUAUUAAGACAAUUUAUUUAAUCUUAAUUUAAUUUACCCAGGGUCUUGAAAUAGCAUUGGUGACACAAUUCACACAAAGGAUUUUUUCCCCUGAAAAUCAGACAGAUAAUUCUACCUUUCAAUUAUCCAUUUCCCCUUGUUUCAUGAAUUUUGUUUAAAUGGAAUUUAAAUGAGUGAAAUCAGGAAAUGAAGAAUAAUUGAAUGAAAUUCUUAAAAUAAUUAUUAAAAAAAGAAAACCCAAAACAAUUCCAAGCCUAUACCUGGAUUUUUAUUUCAGCUUGUGAGAAAAAAAGUAAUAAAAAAUUAAGAUUGGAAAUUUCUAUGACCGAAAUGUGGUGUGUAUUUCGUAGUCGGUCAGUUGAUGCUUUUCAUUUGUACUUAAAGAAAAAGUUUUGUUUUUACACCUCAACGGCUCUGUUUUUGUGGCAGCGCUAAGACCAACACAAGCAAUGCCGUCACAGUUUGGUAUCUUUCUUACUGUGACUGGCAUUGCCUGUCUGUUUUCCCAACACUCAGGUGGGAAAAGUGCAAAGGGUUCUUGGUACUUUGGGAGAAGUUGGGUCUCCCAUGUCUGUUUGUGGGGAAACGAAAAUAGACAGAGAUAAUGCGCAUCAAAAAUUAAAUUCCCAAAAUGUAAAUUGAUCCAUUGUGGAGAGCACUGGAUCAAGAGCAAACAAGGAAAAGAAUAGAAACAGUCUGAUUGGAAGUCAUCUACUAAAUACAAUAGUUAGAGAAUACAUAAUUAUGUUACUGCUUUGGUUGCAGUAGGUUUGAGGUUCACAGUUAGGAUUUAGACAAUGCCAUACCAGAGCACAGGUAUGGUUACAGGUGUCAAUAAAACCGACCAGUGUGUGGUGGUGUGUGGGUUUCCACACACUGGUCUGUUUUAAUUACAGAAAUGUUGUGAUUUCAUUGUGAUUUUAAGAAUGAGUUGUUUAACAGCACCAAUAUGCAGUAUACACUUAUCAAGCUCGUUAUUAGGAAACCUCUUUGCAAUGUAAUGCAAUUCAAUACACCAGCUACAACAGUUUUUGUUAACAGUGUGUAGUCUGAACGUAUUCUACUUUUUGUUUAUUAUUGAUAUAUUAGUGGGUGGUGGUGCUGUACUGAAUUACAUUAUAUUGAAAAGUAUUCCUAAUAUUUUGCUGCAUUCAACUCAUAUUUGUUAAUGGAGUUAAGACAACUAGUGCUCAAUGAGUAUACACCUUCAUUUUUGGAACUUUUGGAAAAGUGCAUCUUCACUAGCAUUAAUACAUUCUGUGUAUUAAAGCUACACAUAUAGCAUUAUUUCAACAUAAAUGUUUGUUACAUGUUUCAGUUCAGUAACAUUUCACUUGUAAUUGUGUGCCUUUAUUUCGCCUUUCAUGAGCAUAUGCCAUUACAAACUGUACCAAGGGAUGAAAGCUGCUGCUUCUUGUAGAACUUGUAUUGUAUACAUUUUUUCCCUCCAUUCAAGUCGACAGGGAAAGCAUAUUAUGUAUAUGUGUAUACACACAUACAUAUGUAUAUAUAUAAAUAUACAGUACCAGUCAAAAGUUUGGACACUCUUUCUAAAUUCAAGUCAAUGAGAAAGUGUGUUCAAACUUUUGACUGGAACUGUAUAUUUAUUUAUUUAUUCAUGUGUGUGUGUAUAUAUAUAUCUUUGUGUGUUCACUGUCAGUCAAACAUUGUUCAACAGCCAGGUCUCAAUCACUGUAUCCAUUAAUGCAUUAAACUGACCAUCAAUUCAAAUGGUAUGCUAUGAAUUACAAGUUCACAUUUUUUUAGCAAAUGGGAAACAUGAAGAACAGCUUGUGUGGUCCCUUUAAAUGUCUGUGUUCAUUAGGGCUGACCCCGAGUACAUUUGACUGAAUCUGUAUCAAGGAAGUGAUCCAGUUCUAAUCUUUUGUGUAGUCUGAACUAAGUAGGUCCCAAUAACGUUUUCUCAGCCCUCAUCCUGACCUGUCUAUGGGUGUAUCUGAAUAUGAAAACCGGAUAGAGAUACACACACUAAAAUAACGGAUGUUCAAAAGUGUUAAAUUUGAUCAGACGUCCUGAAAUUUGAGAAAACUUGAUGAGAGGAGACAUAACAUUCUGUUUGUUUUUUUAAUAUGAUCCAUUCCACCACCACAAUCAUCUUUGGAUGAAUGUUUUGUAUGUAUUUUUCCCUUUGCAAGUAAGCAAGACAGUAGAGAUAUCCCUAUUGUGAACCAUUGUACAGCUAUCAAAGCCCCAUUCCAUUUCUGUACUUGGAACUUAGUACAUUGCUUGAGACUUAUGAAUUGUAAUUUAUUAAUUGAACCAAUUUGAUUACCAAUUUAUCAGAAGAAUAAGUGGAAAAAUUAGAAUGUGAAAGUCUGAGAAUACUGAAGUCAACCAAAUCAAGUAAUUAAUUGAAGUCUGGUGGCACCAACAGCAGCUUCAAAAAAUGAAUGCCACAUCAAUAAAAUACACAGACACAGAGGAAACACACAGAUUGAUGAAGUGUGUUGGUCAUGCUUUCAGAAUAAUCUGAAUUUUUAUUCUGUAUUCUCCAUUUUUAUUACAUUUGCUUAAUCUGUCAUUCCCUUUUCUCAAGUUUCAUCCAGUAUUCUCAGACCUUCAUCAAACAUAUAUUGUUUAUCUGUUCUGUAUCUGUGUCUGUCUAUAUUCUUAAUUUGCCAUGAUGUUUGAAUGAUUUACUUAAUGGCAUGCCAUAGAAAUAGCAUUUCUGAUGUUAAGUCACGUGUGCUAUCUGAUAUUUAUUGUGACACUGGUUUCGCUGCAAAAGUACUAUUUUCAGUAACAAUGUUAUUUGUGUAAUAAAGUGUCUGCAAAGCAUCACAGUGUCAUGGUGGCUGUGGGAUCAGACCACUCAGGCAGUUGGAUUGAAUGACAGUUCAUAUCAUCACAGUUG